AUGUCAAAAACAAUGCACACAAAACUCUUGUCUCUUCUCUAUUCCACCAUAACAAUAAUCCUAUGCCUUAUAUCUCAAAGCCAUUCAAAAACCCAUGAAGAUGAUACCAAUGCCCUCAUGGAAAUAAAAAGAGCCAUUGACCCAAACUCAGUGUCCCAAAGUUCAUACCUUUAUAGCUGGAACUUCACUCUGGAUCCAUGUGAAUGCACAGGAUCAGUGUUUCUAGGAAUAUUGUGCACUUUGCCCUUAGACAACACCUCAAGUAGAGUAACAGCACUUGAUCUUGACACAAUUGGUUAUGAAGGGUUCUUAACCCCAGCCAUUGGGAACUUAACAGAACUAACAGUUCUCAACCUCAACAAUAACAAAUUCAGAGGGCCAUUACCAGAAUCACUUGGAAAUCUAAGGAAACUAAUAAGGAUCACAAUGUCAUCAAACUUCUUCACAGGCACAAUCCCUCAAGGGAUCACUCAACUCAAGAAUCUUGAGCAUCUAGACCUAUCCAGGAACCGGCUUUCGGGCAAAAUCCCAGAGGAGAUAACAGGGUUGAGAAGCUUAACAUACCUGAGCCUUUCAAGGAAUGAAUUUGCUGGAAGAACACCAGACCUCACCGGACUCUGGCAACUCGGCACAUUAGACCUUAGCUUCAACCAGUUCUAUGGCAAUCUUCCUAUCCUUCCGAUCCGGCUGCGAAGAUUGUACUUAAGCCAUAACAUAUUCUCAGGAAGAUUAACACCACUCAAAGGACUCAUGCACCUAAAAUGGGUAGAUAUCAGUGACAAUCGCCUCUCCGGCGGCAUUACAAAGGACAUAUUUUACUUACAUGGGGUUGUUCAUCUCAAUGUCUCCUAUAACAGAUUCACCAUGAUUGAUCCUGUUAAGUAUUCAGGGGAUGGACCAAUGCUUCAAGUGCUUGAGGCGCAAGGAAACCAAUUGAAGGGUCAUCUGCCUCUGAAUUUGGUGACUUAUAGGAACUUGACUUCAAUCAACUUUGCAAACAACCAAUUCCAUGGUCCAAUUCCAGAGGAAUAUGGACCAAUGUUGCAGGGACAAUGGAGAAGGUUGUUGUUGGAUCUCAAUUUUCUUUCAGGGAAGCUUCCAUUGGAGUUUCGCCACAAUAAUACAAAAGUGACAGUUGGGAUUUCAAAUAACUGCCUUGUUUGUCCAACCAGUGUUGCUAUUUGCCGAGGAGCACAAAGACCUGUUACUGAAUGUAUGGGUGAACAGAAUCUAUGACAUUGUUGUCAUCAUUCACAUAACUCCUUAAGCUUUUGAUUCAUUCAACAAUAAGC